CAACAGGUGAGUCAAGUACAGCGUCGGCAAUUAGCUACCACGCAGUCUCGGCUGCGAUGCUAUACUUAUGAUGUUUCGAGGGAUGCAAGUGGGCAUCUGCUCUACAUCGUCGUGAUGUUGACAUUGCACGGUCUCUUCGCCUUCGAACUCGUAUGUUACUUGACUGUAACACUGCUGCUGGUCCGGCUGUUCUUUGAUCAUCUCCACCGGCGAACACAAGAAACCUCGUUCAAUGGCCCACCCAGCCCAAGUUGGCUGUUCGGAGUGAGCAAGCUACUCGCGCAGUCAUCUGACUCAGCCAGCCUGUACGAACGAUGGUCGGAGAAGUAUGGCCUCGUAUACACAAUAUCGGCGACAUUGGGCAAGUCGUGCCUUGUUCUAUGUGACCCGAAGGCUGUUCAACACUUCUACUCCGGCGACACAUAUGGGUACGUGCAGACGUCCGCAACAAGGGCUUUGGUCAAAAGUAUGUUCGGACAUUGCGUCCUUUGGGCAGAAGGCGCAACACACAAAAGGCAUAGGAAGGCCCUGGUACCCGCCUUCAGUCCUGCAGCAAUCAAAGCAAUGUUGCCUAUCUUCUAUGAUUCCGCACACAAGGUGAAGUCUGCAUGGGACAGCAUUCUCGCUGCAGAAGCCCCGGAUAGCAACUCGACGAUCAUUGACGUCCAGGAGUGGAUGAACCGGGCCUCUUUUGACACGUUCGGAAUCGCCGGCUUCGGACACGACUUUGGCACGCUACGCGGAGAGCCAUCCACUAUCUUUCGCAUCGUCGAUGCGUUCAUAACUAUGCGCCCGGGGUUGGCCGGCAGUCUGCAAAUUGUUCUUGGAUUGGUCUUUCCGUGGACCCUGAAAUUACCUACGGCAUUCCGCCGCCUUGGAGACCAGCUCGAUGCCAACUUGGGUGAGAUUGCAAGAGAAGUACUCGCUUCGUCGCGUACCGACGAAGGCACCGAAGGCAAUACCGGAGAUCGGUCUAUCAUGGGUGUUCUUCUGAGGGCCGAGAAGAGUGACUCUCAAAUGAACAUGUCAACCAACGAAAUCCUAGCACAGAUGAAGGUCAUGAUGAUAGCCGGAUACAUAACUACUGCGAACUGUCUGAUGUGGUGUCUCGUCGAGCUCGCUCAGAAGCCCGAGCUACAGAACAAAUUACGACAAGAGGUCUCACAGAUCCCGUGUGAGGACGCAACAUGGGACCAACUCGUUGAUGGGCUGCCGUACCUGGACGCUGUCAUACACGAGACGUUGCGUCUUCAUCCACCGAUGGGCGAGACAACCCGCGUAGCAACCGCGGACGACAUUAUUCCCCUUUCGUAUUCUACGAAGACAGCAACAGGCGCAGUCACCGAUCGUAUCUCCGUGUCCAAAGGCCAGCUCAUCACCGUUCCCAUUCACACGAUGAACACCUCGUGUAGAUUCUGGGGUUCAAACGCGAAGGAGUUCCAUCCUGAACGUUUUCUCGGGGACAAGUCCGGUAUCAUGAAGGACCUCCCAGGACACAAGCAUAUCCUUACAUUCGUCUACGGACCACGAAUGUGUUACGGGAGGAACUUCGCGAUAACGGAGAUGAAGGCGAUGCUGGCUGUCCUUGUGUGUAGCUUCGCGUUCGAGAUGGUGGAUGGGCCAAAUGCCGAGGUCGGCGUCAUCGGUGGUCUUUUAUCUGUGCCCGUCAUUGCUGAUGGAGACGGGAAGACGAUCCCUCUGCGAGUGCGACGGCUUGAAUGAGCAAUCCGAAAACUAUCAUAGAGCUUCCUAACGUAAUACUUCAGACUUCUAGAUACUAUUCACAUAUGAUAUUCGUAGCUGCCGCUGGUGUCGGACACAUCAUAGAGAGCGUAUGAUCUAGCACCAGCAUCGUGCACUUCGUGUCGGGCAGACGCGUAUAGUGACGAACUCGUAACUUAGCCGUGUGCACGCAUUCUGAUCGACAAUUAGAUGCAGUCGAGCCCAGCCGUAU